UCUCUCUUUCUCUCUCUCUCUCUCUUUCUCUUUCUUGCUCUCUCUCUCUCCGUGUGUCUCCCUCGCGACUGCCGGCGGCCGACACUCCUCCCUCGGGACAUGCAUGACAUCGGCGGCACGAAGGACGUAUGUGUGUGUGCGGGCGGCGGGCCUCCCGAGGGCCUUUUGCGCCGCCACUUGCCAUCUCCGCCGGGCCUUGGCCGGUGCCUGUCGGACCCUGAGGCCCGAGGCAUGCUCCGCAUCACCCACGAGCAUGCUUCUCGCCGACCAUGCAACAGCUGUGUGGGCGACUGCCGGCCCCUGCGGCGCGCGGUCCUGGUGACGCGGCCUUCCGGGGGCGGGGGGGACGCAUACAAAAGGCCUUUCCCGGAUCGUCCCGGGGGACUCAAGGCCCCUUGUGGCUGGGCGUGCGCGCGGAUCGCCCUCGGCCCGCGGUGCAGGCCAGUCCUGGGACCAUCGCCGCCGGCCCAGCCUGCCAGGCUUGCGCGGGCCCCUCUCGGCGGACAAGCAUGCCGCCUGGGCCCUCCCUCCUUGCCUUCUGCGGGCCAGUGGGCGAGCCAGCCGGCCACGAUGGGCACUGGUGUCGCAUGCAUAAAAGGCGGGUCCAAGACAUUGUGCGCCGGUGCCUGGAGCCAAAAAAAAAUGUCCUUGGCGCAGCCUCCCGGUCGAGGGGAGGUGCGGGACUUUGCCGAGCGCGCCGCGAUGCGUCGCACGGGGCAGCCCCUGUGGGCGGGCAUGUGUUUGCCCUCCGCCGGAGGGGGGGGGGUCGCUCGGCGUGAUGCAGUGCCGCGGCAUGCCCAUCGGUGGAUCGUGCGUCUGUCUGCUUGGGCCCCGCAGCACCGCGUGUGGCUCCGCGCCAGCAGGUCCCCACGGCGGACCGGGCCCAGCCCCGGGGGGGCAGGGCCUGCGCGUUGAAGAUGCGGUCGGCAAUGGCGCCCGGGCCUCUUCAUGGCCCUGUUCCGGGCGCGGGCCUCCCUCACCGGGCGGGCUGCAUGGAAGCGGGCCCCGAGCCUACGGUGCGGGUGGGCCAUGUGCUCUUGUGCCGCCCCACGUUGGGGUCUGGCGCUGCCGGCGGCAUGUGGCGUGCCAGCGGGACGCAGGAGGAUGGCGAGCCAGCCGGCGCGAGGGCCACGGGCGGCCGGUGCGCCGGAUGGCCAGGGGGAGGGGGUGCUGGCCGAGGAGAAGACAGGGGUGUCCUUUUGGCGCGCGAGAAGCGGCACGGGCGACAUGGACAGCGGCCUCCCCGGUGCCGGUACUGCGGCAUGUGCACGGGCGACCUUCACGAGGUGGCCCGCGCGAUGGCGGGCGAGCCGGAACGCCGGCAUGGGCGGCCGCGAGGGCAGCGCCAGCAGCUGCUGGCACAGUGCCGGGCCGAUGGCCCCCGGCCCGUUCCUCUGGCAGCCGGCCGGGCUGAGGCCGGUCGAGGCAAGUGUGAGCGGCUCGGCGCGCGGACAGGCACCGCCCGGGCGCCCUUGCCCCGGUCCCUGGUCGGCGAUUUGCCCUCCCUGGCUGGACGCCACGGCGGCAGACACCCAGCGGGGCCGUGCACCCGCCGAGGAUCCGCCAUGGCACCACGGCCAUGCAUUCGGCACGCGCGCGCGACUCCCCGCGGUGGUAUGGGUCCCAUGCCCGGGGCCGGCAUGCCCUCCGAAGGGGGCCGGGGCCUGGCACUGGCAGGCACCGGGGGCUCGAGGUGCGGCCCUGCUCGGCCCUGCACGACGCAUACCCCCGGGCUUGGACGUGCUCAUGGCCAUGGGGGCCUGUGCCCGGGGCGGCCACCGAGUCCGUCGCGCACCGGCCAGCCGUGUGCUGCCUCCUCAAGGCCAAUGCCGAGAGGCUCGGGCCUGAGCCGACCGCCGGACGUGACGACCCGGUGGCUGGCCCGUGUCUUUGCCCAGCGGGGCGUGAAACGAGAAAGGCCCCCGUACGCGCCACGCCCAGGGAGCGUCUUGCGGGGUACGCUCAUCACCCUGCGGUGCCAGCGUGUUGGCGGAGGCCGGGGGCAGGAGGGACCUCCGACCGCUCCACCGUGGGCGCUUCCCGGGGGCGGGGCCGGCAGGCGCGAAGCCUUGCACGCCAGGCACAUGCCGUGCGCCGCGGCACCAGCCAGCGGGCCAUGCUGCUGCGCGCUCGGCUCCGGGGGAGGGUGUCCCCCUGCCCGAUGUGCGCCGCCCGCCGACAGACGGGCGCCGAUGAGGCGGCCGAUUGGGCAAGGCACCCGCCACGGGGAGAAGCUCGAGCGGCCUUGUCGGCGGGCGUGCAUGCCGGAGCCGAGGGGGACGGGCGAGCGGGCCCAUGGCCAAUGACCCGGGCGGUGGCGGCGGCGGGAGGCGGGGGGGGGGGUGCUCCUGGCGAGUGGGGGGAGGCGCCGAAAGGGCGACCGCGUGAGCAAGCCCGCCCGGGGCAGUCCGUGCUGGCGCGCCCGGCCUCCGCGCCUCGUGUGUCGGGCGCGGGCAUGUUACAAACAAGCGCGGGCCGUGUCGCUUUUCGUGCAGGCCCAUGGGCGGCCUGCCGGGCCGCUGAGCCCCGUGCGAUGGAUGGCUCCCAGGCCGGGCGCAGGGGCCCGUGCUAGCGGGCCGGGAUCAGCCGCUGGCGGCCGGCUUGCCUGUGCCGUCGGC